UCCCACAAAAUAGUAGCUUUGAGACAAAGCAUGAAAGCUCAAAACUAUCUAAUUAAGCUUAUCCAAUUGUUAGUCUCAUUCUCUGUGUUUUCUUUCUUCUUUUCUCCAUCUUCCUUGGUUGCUUUCAUUUAUCACUUCAAUUUCUACUUCUCCACAUUCUCUCUGCAACUUUUUACCCACACCAUAGACAAGAACUGCAUGUUUCUCCUUUGCAAUGGGCUUCUUGUUUUUGUUGGAAUAACAAGAUCUUUAUCUGGGUCUAGUACUUUUGAUGAAUCUCCUAAGUAUGUUGAAGAUGCUUCACAAUCUCUAUACUCAGAUGUUGAGGCUAACAAGCCAAUAUUGGAGAAAAUUGAUGAGCCUGCAGAACAGAAUAGUGAAGCAGAACAUGCAAUAGAAAUCAAGUACUUUGGUGAAGAAGGAGUAGAAAACAUUGAAAACACAAACUUGGAAGGUGAAGAAGAAGUAAAAGGGUGUAGAGAAUCAGUUUUGAAAGAAGAGGAGUCAGAGGGAAAAUUUGAGCUAUAUGGUGCAGAAGAUGAAGACAAGGAAUCAGAAAUUGAUGAGCUUGUGAUUGGAGAAAGCAUAGAAGAGGAAGAAGUUGUAGAAGAACCAAACUGGGUGUUGAGUACUGAGGAAUUGAACAAAAAAUUUGAUGACUUCAUUAGAAGGAUGAAGGAAGAUUUACGGGUUGAAGCUCAAAGACAAUUACUCAUGGUUUGA